AUGGCUGAGGCCAACCUUGCCGAAUAUGAGCAUCCUGAUGCGGCAAUGGCCAUGAUAUCCAUCAAACAGAAAGUUCAACCACAUAUCACGACUUAUAUAUCAUCCGCCUCACCAGACGAGCGUACGCUUUUGCACUAUUGGAUCACUGAACUAAGCGAAAUGAUGCUACCAACGCCACGCCAGGAUAACCCCUUUCGCACGAUAUUUAUUCCCCUGGCGCUUGCAGCAUCGGACUCGAGCAGGAGUUCUUCUGCCAAUGUAGCCUUGCUACACGCGAUAUAUGCCGUCUCUGCCUUCAAUCGGGCUCGAAUUCCAGCUUCUCCUGGAUAUGUGGAGGCACUGGGUACCAAACAUCAUGAAAUCAGUCUCCGUCAUCUGUGGAUGGCUUUAUCGCAGAACGAAGCCGAAGCCGACUCGUCGCACCGGGAAGCUAUUCUAGCCACCAUCAUUACCAUGUCAUCCAUUGAGGUCAUGAUAGGGGCCUCUGCAACCUGGCGUACCCAUCUGGCCGGUGGAAGGUCUUGGUUACGUUCGACCAUAGCAAGCAAUGCCACCCAGAGUGAAUGUUUCUGGACGUUGUGCCAAAUUUUCAUUUGUAUCGACACUCUGGGAAAUCCUGGCAUCCAUGGUCUCACACCAAGCAGUAUCCUUGAACCGCUUGAGACUCGCAACUGUCCCCUUACAAAAACCAUACUGGAUAAGCAUUAUUGCUUGGAGGAGCUCUUCGGAAUUACGAAAUCGACGUUGGAGGCGAUCAUGAGAAUCAAGCAUUUGUCAACUUCUACUCGUCAAGCGACAGAGGAAGAAAUAAGCGACUUGGAAGUUCACAUCCGAGUCAGCGACCCUGAUACCCUUGUUCUGGAUAUGGAUGGAAGCGAAGACGGUCUGGUUCGCCAUCAUACAUGUGCCUUCUUUUGUGCGGCUGUCAUCUACUUCGAACGGCGGCUCAAAAACACACCGGCAACAAAACUCCAACGUCUUGUGCGAAGGAGCCUCGAUCACCUUGAAGCCAUCCGUACCCUCGAAGUCGAACGAGGCUACAAGGUGUGCGGAUUGUUUUGGCCCGAGUUCGUCACGGCAUGUGAGGCUGAAGAUGUGGCCGGCUUGCGCGCACGCUCGCUACGGAUGUUUGAAAAGGGUCAAUCUAAGGGCAUAGGAAAUAUCACAUCCGCGAAGAAGGUUGUCCUGGAUCUCUGGCAGAGCAGAGAUUGUAGCACCUCGAAUGAGGACAUCUCGUGGGAGAACUCGAUGGCCAAACUAGGACUCGAUAUCAUAUUAACUUAGGUAGGGCGGAUGCAUGGCUCUGGGAGGGUUUGGUAAAGCUGAAGUAGCACCUGUGGAUGUGAUCAAUGGAUGGAUAGGGCGCUUGAUAGGGGACAUUUUCAUAAGUAAGCAGAGGAUUUCUCUCAAACCGGUAGACGUCGGGUAUUUUCAACAUCAGGGUGUGGAUUUUUAGGCGCCAUUCGUGUGAACAGGUUUGUGAGCCAAAUGUCCCGAGACACAACAAUGCAGUAUACAGCGCCC